AUGGAUUUUUGCUUCUUUCUUAUUGGUUGUAUGUUUACAGUGAGAUUGAAAUGGUCGAAUUUGGUUUAAAAUUGCAGCUUUAAGAUACUAACAGCAAACUCUAGUCAAAGAAUUCAACAAGCCGUUAAAGGAUAUCGGAAAUAUUAGUUGCUACUGUGGAAAUUGCCAUAAUCAGUCGGCAAAUGCUAUUAGAACCAUCAAUUGUGUAACAUUAUUUUUUAUUCCAGUGUUACCGUUCUACUACUCAAAGAGGCUAAAGUGCUCUAUUUGUGGUGCAUCGGGAGAUAUGGAUAAAGCUACCAUGGCAAAAAUGAAAGAGGGUCAGCCGGUUGCUAUCGGAUAG